AUGCUUUUUAAUUGGAAAUAUGCAGUUAAAAGUAUAAGAUUUGACAAGUCUAUUGUUUCUAAAGAUUUUUAUAGAAGUUACAUUCCCAAUAAUGAUCCCAAAGCUUCAUCAAUAACGGAGGCACAAGAUUGGCUUCAAAAUUUGGCAAUUUCGAAGUUGCCUCCAAGGGUAUUCUCUUUUAGAUUUGAUAGAUCUAGUGGUCCUGGUGGUCAAAAUGUAAACAAACUGAAUACUAAAUGUACUUUGACUUUAUUUAAUCUUUCUUCUUGUUCAUGGAUUCCUAUAGAAGUCAGAAAUCAAUUACAAAUGGGAUCAUUCAGAUAUUAUACCAAGAACUCAGAUUCGGUGGUAAUACAGUCAGAUCAAACAAGAUCAAGAGAAACUAACAAAUCUUUAUGUAUGGAGAAAUUUAUAAAUGAAAUAAAAUCAACCUGUAAAUUCAAAGUCGAGACUCCACAAGAAACAAUUAAAAAGUGGAAUAAGAUCAAAGCAAGAGCAAAUGAUAUUAGAAUUCAGAAUAAGAAGUUUAAAAGCGAUAAGAAAAAAUUACGAACUAAAAUUGAAUUUUAA